AUGAAGAGCGAAGAGUCACUACUUCGACUUCGCCUUCCUGGUGUCACCAUCAGAGCAAUUGUCUUUCGCUGCACAAGUUUGACAGAUUUCUUCCUCCUCUGCCUGACCAUGGCUCGUGCAAGUGUUCUCCUCCUGAUCGCUGGCUUCUUGACGGUGGCAGCCGUCUGCACCGUGCAGGCUGAAACCGUCAAACUGCAAUUUUACGAGCAAGUCAACUCCAACGAUGAACUGCUCGUUUUCCAGGCCAAGGACAAGUCCAGCAACGAUGGGCAGAUGGGAAAUGGUUAUAUCUACGAGAACUCCGCCACCUUGUGUUCAAGCCCCAAGUGUUUGGCGUUGGGGACUGUCAGUGGCUGGUAUUACUACACUUCCGAAGAUACUGUGGAGGAGGUCAAUACCAUCAAAUUCUCACCGACCAGCUUGUAUCCUAACGCGGAACUGCAUGUUCGUGGUGUUUGGGUCUCUGCAUCAGGGAAAGACCUCGACACUCAGGAGCUUGCUAUCAUUGGAGGAACCCACGGACUUGACAAUGCCUACGGCACGCUUACCUUCACGAAAUUGAAUGCCAUCACAUGGAGAGUGGAGGCAUCAUUCAGGCUUUGAGUGAUAGAAUUCACUCUGUCAUGAAGCUCUGUUUGAAGUGCUGACUGCGAGAUGUUUGGGUAGCCAAUCCUUGCGGGAUACGUUGUUUGCACACAAACUUUGGCUACUCUUCAAGCCUUUGUUACGGAUAUUUAGAUCUUUUGGUUCUCGGUACCAUGCUCAGGUGCAAGCGCAAGUGCGCAAGUCUGGCCUACAUUAGCACUUGAGAUUCGGGAUGUAAUAAGGAAAACCCUUUUUCAGUACCCAGUGUCGGAUUUUCUGAAUGUUGCGUACA